AUGAAUUGCAAAGUGUUUCGUUAUUGUGCUAUUUUCCCCAUUGGACUCCUUCAUAACAGUGCUGAGAUUGUGCGUCUCGAAGAAGAGUUAAACUUGUUUGGCGAUAUUCUUCAGGGUGAUUAUCUAGAGUCGUACAACAACCUAUCGCUUAAGACUCUAUCGGCACUUCGUUACGCAGCCGUUGCGUAUCCAACAGUAGAGGCAAUUAUGAAAAUUGAUGACGAUGUAGCGUGGAACGUUCCAAAAGUGGCGAACUACAUCAAGCAAAUUCUUCCUAGAUCGAUUUCAUGCUACAAAUAUGAUGAUCGCUUGCCUGUUCGUAAACCAACGAGCAAGUGGUACACUAGUUACGAUGAAUAUCCACAAGAGAAGUUCCCACCCUAUUGUUCUGGUGUAGCUUACAUAAUACACAAGGAUGCUCUCAUGCCAAUGUUAGAAGUUGUUCCGGAACAGAGUUUUUUCUGGAUUGACGAUGUAUUCAUCACAGGAUUUUUGACUCGAUCUGCAGAUAUCGUGUUCGUCAAGCUUAAUCAGUUUACUGCGCUAAAACCGCUUCGCAAAGAACUUCUAAACAUAACAUUCUAUAGCGAUCAUAUGUUUUAUGGUAACCACAAGGAAAACAUUGGGAGAAAGUUCGAGCAACGUAGGCGCGGUUCCUCAACAAACUUUUACGGUUGUGAUGAUUUUUAA